AUGGACACCAAUAGAGAUGGAGGUGUCAUGGGCUGGCCAGCAUCAGAAUCGACAUCAGAUCCCAAUCUAACAGUCUCUAUGAUCACGGAGGAGGCACCAACGCUUACGAUAACCACAAUAGUGGGCUUGAUAGUCAUCAUGAUUGUAGCUAUUGCUGCCGUAUUCCUUUUAGGAGUCCUCAUUGAUUGCAGACAACAGCGCUUGAUAGAGAAGAAAAUGGGCGAAGCGAAACGUUUGAAGACACAGCGACGAGUAAAUAUGUCGGAAGAUGACGCUGCAAGCAUAGCUAAUAAUAUGGAGGAACCAGGAUUUAGUGCACCUCCUGCAGAAGUCAUUAGUCACAUACCAUAG